AUGCAGCCGUCUCACUUUUCACCAAAUGCGUCCUCGUACCUUGGCCCACCGGAGGAUCCCCCUCUUUCACAGAUUGGCUUCAUCAUUCUCUCCAUCAUUAUGGCUCUUUUCACUGGGCCGGCCAUCGUACUCAACGCUACAGUGAUUAUUGUGUCUCUGAUGCACAAGCAGCUGAGGCAGCCGCUCAACUACGCUCUGGUGAACAUGGCUGUGGCUGACCUGGGCACAGCCAUGACUGGAGGGGUGCUGUCUGUGGUCAACAAUGCCCAGGGGUACUUCUCCCUGGGCAGAACAGGCUGUGUGAUGGAGGGCUUCGCAGUGUCCUUGUUUGGAAUCACAUCUCUGUGCACAGUCGCUCUGAUCGCGGUGGAGAGGAUGUUCGUUGUGUGUAAGCCUCUGGGUCAGAUGUCGUUCCAAAAGAAGCACGCGAUGGGAGGUAUUGCCUUGUCCUGGCUGUGGUCGCUCACCUGGAACCUACCCCCACUGUUUGGCUGGGGCCGGUACGAGCUGGAGGGUGUCGGGACAUCCUGCGCACCGGACUGGCACAACCAAGACCCUCACAACGUCUCUUACAUCCUGGCUUAUUUCGCAGUGUGUUUCGCGGUUCCUUGUGCCAUCAUUGUGAUAUCCUACGCAAAACUGCUGUGGACGUUACACCAGGUAUCUAAGAUGGCCUGUCUGGAGGGCGGUGCAGUCGCCAAAGCAGAGAUGAAGGUGGCGCUCAUGGUGAUUCUGAUGGUCCUGACGUUUCUGAUCAGCUGGUUGCCUUAUGCCGGCCUGGCCAUGCUGGUGGUCUACAACCCUGCCGUUGAGAUCCACCCGCUGGUGGGCACUGUGCCCGUCUACCUGGCCAAGAGCAGCACUGUGUACAAUCCCAUUAUCUACAUCUUCCUCAACAAACAGUUCCGUAAGUACGCUGUGCCCUUCCUGCUGUGUGGGAAAGAGCCCUGGGAUGAGGAUGACGAGUCGGAGGCAGUAACAACUGUGGAGACUGCGAUGAACAAAGUGUCUCCCAGCUGAAGAGCCAACACAUCUUCAAACUGGAAACAUUUGUGUCUGAUCGUGUUUAAUUCACUUGAAACACACCUGUUCCAAGGA